GCAAUGCCUCAUGGGACUUGUAGUUUGGCAACAGCUGGAGGGCCACCAGUUUGACACCCCUGUUGCAAAACUACAAGUCCCAUCAUGCCUCUGCCUUUUGGGAGUCACGAUUGUAACUGUCAAUCUUGCAAUUCCUCGUGGAACUUGUAGUUUGGCAACCGCUGGAGGGCCGCCAGUUUGACACCCCAGGGUUAGAGGUUUCUUUACAGCAUUGCUGUACACAAGACCAUCUCUGAACACCCAAGGAGAGGUACCUCAGAGAAGGGGGACUACAGCAGGAUACCAGCCAGAAGCAGGGCAGGGAAGGCA